AUGGUGGUGGUGACUACUACGAAUGCGUCAGAUCCUCCAUCCAUUCACAGCAGCGACGAUUCCGACAAUGCUGCUGCUGUCAAUACUUCGUUUGAUGCUAUUGUGAAUGAAGACGAGCGUUUGACCAUCACACCCAGUUGUGUGCGACAAGUCCAUGCCUUGUUGAAGCGACGAAACAAGUCUGCAGACGAAAUGUUCCUGCGUGUCUUUGUCGACGCUGGAGGAUGCUCUGGUUUCACCUACCAGUUCGAACUAGACGAUGAGUUGGUCGACGACGAAGAUAUCAUUUUCGAACCACAGGGAGCCAAUGGCGCCAGAGUCGUCGUGGAUGAAGCCUCCCUGAACAUCAUUCACGGAUCCAAGAUUGACUAUGUCCAAGAAAUGAUCAAGAGUGCCUUUGUUGUCGCUGACAAUCCACAAUCGGAGAGCGCAUGUGGCUGUGGCAGUUCCUUUGCCGUCAAGAACUUUGCGUCCAAUCCUGCGCUGGAUUAG